AUGGCCAUGGCCACCUUCGCUGCCACUCCCGCGCUCCUCUCCCCCCCGCCCCCCUACACCACGGCCCCUCCACCCCGCGGGCGCCCGCCCCGCCCGCCUCUCCGUCUCGGCCUCCGGCUCCCGCGCCGCCGCCCCGUCACCACCACCACUCCGGCCGCAGCCCACGCCGCGAGCUCCCUCUCGUCCGCCCGCGGCGACCCGCGCGAGGCGGAGGCGGCGGUGGCGGAACUGCUGCGGGACAACGGCGCGUCGCCGGAGGACGCGGCCGCCAUCGCGGCGCGCGCGCCGGGGUACGCCGCCAUGCUGGCCGACGGCGUCAGGGAGCUCGACGAGCUCGGGCUCUGGGCGUCCUGGAGCGCCGGGGCGGGCGCGCGCGCCGGCGCCGAGAUGGGCGCGCUCGGGUUCGGCAGGAAGGUGUACUUCAUGGGGCGGAGCCGGCGCGACGGCGCCGUCGUCCCGCUCGUCGAGAGCCUCGGCGUGCGCCUCUCCUCCGCCAAGCUCAUCGCGCCCUACGUCGCCGCCGAGGGUCUCCCGGUGCUCAUCCGCAGGGUUAAGUUCUUCAAGGAAAUGCUGUUUUCAAGCAGUGGCUAUGAAACUCUAAUCGGAUGGAAUGCUAAGCGCAUGAUGGCGCACUUUUCAAUACCCGCAGAUGAGGCACUCCAGAGUACGCUGUCAUUUUUCGAAAAGAUGGAGGCCAGACAUGGUGGUCUGAGCAUGUUGGCACAUGGGGAUGUGUCAUUUCCCUAUCUCAUCGAAUCAUUUCCAAUGCUUCUUCUCUGCUCAGAGGACAAACAUCUUAAGGCAUUAAUUGAUUUCCUUGAACACGUUGGAGUUCCCAAGCCGAGGAUUCCAUCAGUUCUGCUGGCAUUUCCUCCUAUUAUUCUUUCUGAUGUCGAAAAGGAUAUCAAGCCAAGGAUUCAUGCAUGGGAGAAGGCUGGCAUAGAACAAGAAUAUAUUGGUCGGAUGUUGUUGAAGUAUCCAUGGAUUCUUUCAGCAAGUGUGAUAGAAAACUACAAGCAGACGCUUUUGUUCUUCAACAGAAGAAAGAUUUCCAGUGCAUUUCUUGGUACCGCUGUCAAAAGUUGGCCUCACAUUCUGGGUUGUUCAACAACAAGAAUGAACUCAAUUCUGGUGCUGUUUGAUGAUCUGGGCAUCAGUAAGAAAAUGUUAGUGCCUGUUCUUACAUCAAGUCCACAGUUGCUGCUGAGAAAACCUAAUGAGUUUUUGCAGAUUGUUUCCUUUUUCAAAGAUAUGGGUUUCGAUAAGAAAGCAGUGGGAAAGAUUGUCUGUCGUUCUCCAGAAAUUUUUGCUUCAGAUUUGGAGAAUACCCUCAAAAAGAAAAUCGACUUUCUUAUUGACUUUGGUAUUUCCGAGCGUCACCUUCCCCGUAUCAUUAAGAAGUACCCAGAGCUUUUAUUGUUGGACAUAAAUCGCACACUGCUCCCCAGAAUGAAUUACUUUCUGGGGAAGGGCUUGUCUAAGAAAGAUGUCUGCUCAAUGAUCUCUAGAUUCUCCCCACUUCUGGGGUACAGUAUUGAGCAUGUUCUGAAACCAAAGCUUGAUUUUCUGUUACAAACCAUGAAGAAACCACUUAAAGCGGUUGUGGAAUAUCCAAGGUACUUCAGCUAUUCUCUGGAGGGGAGGAUAAAGCCACGGUUUUGGAUAAUCAAGAGUAGACAUAUAGACUGCAGUCUGACUGACAUGUUUGGCAAAAACAAUGAACUUUUUGCUGAAGAGUACCUGGGAAUAGAAACAUGACCUGUGACACUUUCUCCACAAUCAAUCAAAGGUGGUUAAUUUCUGGGUUUCGAUCAUGAGCAGACUCUGUUCCUGUGCCUGAUUAUACAGCUUUAUGAUUCCAUCUGGAUCUGGGGAGGCUGUUUUACAGAUGGGAAGCCACUUGUCGAGUCUUCAACAUUCAGAAGGUCUUAUAUGAUAAAAUCUGGAUUGCAACUGAAAAAAGAAUAAGUAUGCUCUCUAACUUUGCAUGAAUAGUUGAGUACCAGCACGGAUUAUUGGAUGGCCACGGCAAUUUUCAGACCUAGUCCGUUGAGAUAUCCCCUUGAGACCAGAUUGAGGAACUGGAGGCCAACCCUCGAGACCAUUGACGACAGAGACCAACUGCAGAAAUAUUACCUCUGAGAGCUGAUCCCCAUUCUUUGUCUGUUUCUGUGCAUAUGUGAAGCUGCACCUCCAUGUAUCAGCAAGCUAAGAGCGCCCGCGUCAACAGCAAAGCCCAACUUCCAUUGUGCUUGAAACUGCCUGCUGCUAUGUGUUUUGGCACGGGGAGAGUCCUUGGGGAGAAGAAGCUUCUCACAUCCGGUGCUGCUCCAACCGACAGGAGCAGGAACACCGCUCUGUUGCUGCAUUGGAUUGAUACGCGCUCCUCUUCGAGGCGUAAGAAGCCAGAAGAGGCGAAGAUUGCGAGGUCGAUUACCCUGAGGAUGCCUUUAAAAGAAAAAUCAGUGUCACCCUUUUGUACUUGCUGUAUACAUGAGCGUGCACUGUAAUUGGAUUUUGUUAUAGGUAAGUGCUGUAGAUUAGAUUUCACUGAGUUUUUGCUUGCUGUACUCCGUACCAUAUUAAUUGUCGCUCAAACGGAUAUGUAUUAGUUAUCAUAGCUUGUGCAUCACCAAACUUUCGUUGAGUAUAUAUAAUUAAUGAGCAGUUUUAACA